AUGACUGAAAGUAAAAUUGAAGCUCAGAAUAUCACAGGCAACACACUAAUUAAUGCUUACUACAAGUUUGGAGAAUUGAAAUCAACUUUGAAAUUUAAGAACAAGCUAUUAGAAGCUGGUCUAAAAUGUGAUCCAUUUACAUAUAAAGCAUUAAUUCAUGGGUUCUACAAGACAAAUGAACUAGAAAGGGCAAAUGAGUUAAUGUUCAGCAUGGUUGAUGCUGGAUUUACACCCAGUUAUUGCACAUUCUCAUGGAUUGGAGAUGGCUACAAUAAGAAAGACAAUAUGGAUGCAGUUUUAGCACUUCCAGAUGACAAUGUGGCUGAUGCAUUGUUAGUUCCGGUUACUUGUAGUCAAGAUGUUCUAGACUUGAUGAGAAUUGGUCAGAAGAACCGUGUUGUAGGUGCUACAGGUCUAAAUGAAAGAAGCACUCGUUGUCAUAGUGUUUUGACUGUUCAUGUUAGAGGAAGGGGGUUAGUUUCCAACUCCAUUGUUAAAGGUUGUGUUGAUGUUGUGGAUUUGGCUGAAUUGGACCAAUGUAUUUUUGUUUCUAACUGUGGAGCUAACUCAGUGACUGAGAGUGUUUGUGGUGGGGUUCCUAUGAUCUGCAGGCCAUUCUUUGGUGAUCAAGGGGUGGUUGGAAGAUUGAUAGAAGAUGUUUGGGAGAUUGGGGUGGUAAUGGAAGGAAAGGUGUUCACAAAAAAUGGAUUGCUUAAAAGCUUGAAGGACAAGCAGCACAGGAUUUGA